GUAAAGUUUCUGGUCUGUAAUUAGAGCGGUACGGCGCUGUAGAAACAGUGAGUUUUACUCUGUUUUAGUGGUGUAAAGUUUCUGGUCUGUAAUUAGAGAGGUACAGUGCUGUAGAAACAGUGAGUUUUACACUGUUUUAGUGGUGUAAAGUUUCUGGUCUGUAAUUAGAGCGGUACGGCGCUGUAGCCUGCAGUGCGGAAGUCGUUACUCUCCUCGCUGCGAGCUACAUACCCCACGUGACAGGCCGGCAGCGCGGGAGGGGCAGCUGCAGGAUUCUGCUGCCCCCGGGCUGUGCUCCCAGUCACUAUAUAGCUCGCUCGCUCCCUCCCUCGCCUCUCACUCUUACCCGCCGCCGCCGCUGUGUGUGUUUGUGUGUGAUUAGGCGCGGGUGUGUGUAAGAGCGAGAGUGUGUGUGUGCCGCUCUCGCGCUCGGAGCCCAGCGGAGGACCGGACGGCCCGGCUGCAAGACCCCACGCUGAGCAGUUGCUGACAGAGUUGAAUUUGAAUUCUGAUGGAUUACUUUUGGUCAAGGCUCAGAUCAGACUGGCCACAAAACUGAAAACCCACACUGAUUUUGACACAAGGCAAAUCCAGAAACAUCCUUCAAGAAACGAGUGUGCUCAGCCCUCUCCAUUCCUCGUUUCUUCCUGGUAUUUCUUCCUCCACCAUGCCGAAGGAGGAGUGUAAGGUGGCUUCGGGCUGUAAGCAGCACAAGGAGAGGAAGCCGAAGAAGCCUCACUACAUCCCACGUCCGUUCGGUAAACCGUACAACUACAAAUGCUUCCAGUGUCCGUUCACCUGCAUGGAGAAGUCCCACCUGUACAAUCACAUGAAGUACAGCCUGUGUAAGAACUCACUGUCUCUGCUCAUAGAGUCCGACUGGCCCUACAAGAAAGGUAACCUGCUCCACACCGACCACCUCCGGCUCCAGCAGGGGGAGCUGAACUCUCGAAACAGCCCGGCCAAAGAGACGCCAGAAGGGGGCGCCGCAGCAGACAACAGUCCAGCUCAGGCCGAGAACUUCGAAGCAGAAGGCAUGGAAACGGAAGAGCGGGAAGCUGAGGGCACGUCCAGACAAUUGGAAGCUUCUUCCGAGGCGAACAUCAACGGCACGGCCAACGCGAGUCCCAAGCAGGAGGCGGAGCUUGUGAUGGCUGACGUGUUCUCAUUGGAGGAGCAGCUGCUAAGAGCGCGGUCAGUAGAAGUAGAGUCUAAACUGCGGCAUUACCGACUUUCCAAAACGUGCCUGUCCGGCCCGGCCGCACUUCUCUCCGAACAGUUCCGCCUCCUCAGCAGCCAGACGCCCAGCGCCAAGCCCAAGUCAGACACCUUGACCACUGGAUCUCUGCCCUGUUACCCCCCACCACUUACCCCCGGUCACCUGGACUGCCCUGAAGCUCCCGGUCUCAACCUGUCCCUUCUGGGGGUUGGAUAUCCCUUGACUCCCAUAAACCCUGGACUCUUUUCCUACCUUAACCCCGCCCUCAGUGCCGCUAGUGCGGCUGCCGCCGCUGCUGCCGUCACCAGCACCAACAGCCCGGCACAGAUCGGCCCACUUCCCUUCCUGGCAUCGGCAGCUCAGCUCACACACAGUCACACACACUCUGACCGGACACUGCUGACCCCUCCGAGACUGUACUACCCCUUCCUCUGUGAACACACCUUCGGAGAUCAGGCGAAGUCAGUGAAGUCCAGCGUAUCUCUGGACCCGGCCGGCCAGGCGUACUCCCCCAAACUCAGCAUGUGGAAAGUUCCGGCGCUCAGGCCUGCGAACACCCAGAGCUCCGGCACCGCCUGGACCUCGCCCAGUCGCUCGGCCGCCGACAGGCUGCCGGCAAGAGACGAUAAAGAGCAGGGCCUGAAGAGGGCGGCGGCCGCCAUGGACUCCCACAAUGCACCAGGGGAGAAGAAGGCAGCGGUGUCGUUUUCAUUCGACCGUGCAACGCCCACUGCCACCAUCACAGCUGAACGGCUUCUACUGCACAGCGGUCUUCACUCGCAGUCUGGUCUGGACGAACGUUUCUCCGUCAGCCCCUCCAGUCUAGGCUCCUCCCCCCACCACGGCCUGGAGAGAACGAGGGAUUCUGGAGAGGAAAAGGAACGAGGGAAGGAUCGAGGGAUGGAAAGCUGUGCUGCCGCUCUCCUGCGAGACCUUUCCUCUGCACUGCAGGAGUACCAGCAUGCCGAGCGCCAGGCCGCAAUGCAGCCCGAACAGUGCCACCUGUGGGCACACCUGGGCAAAAUCCGUUCUGAGCUUUCCCACAUACAGCAGGCGCUGGAGCGGACCUCCCGCCAGAGCGACGGACCCUUAGACCUGUCUGUCAAGAAGGAUGCGGUCGCCAUGGCGAUUGCGGCGGAAGGCGCCAGGCACCAGAUCCUCCUGGGAGACAGGAGGGAGGCGAAAGAGGAGACGUGGUGCUCGGAGACAGACGAGGAAGAGGAAGAGAGGGACGAAGGCGAGACGGAAGACGAUGGAAACGAGAUGAAGGAAAGACGAAAGCGUUCUCUAGACGUCCUGAUUAAGCUCAACCAGUCCGGUGUGCCCAUGGUGAAGCCAGGCGUCACCCUGGUGAAGUCGGGUGUUUCCAUGGUAAAGUCUGAGGUCCUGCCCGGUGGGGUUGGCGGGGGCUUGGCGCUGAGGGCGGCCGAGGCAGAAGCUUUAUGGCACAGCAGAACCACCAAGUGUGAGGCAGAUUCCAGCGUCCUGCUGUGCUCCAAAACCCCAAACCGACCCCCAGUGUGCCCCCCCAGUCCACUGACAGCUAACGAUGCCUAACAGCAUCCCCAUCCUGCCAGACUAACUGCCUCCAUCCUGUUUCAACUGCCUCCCACUCUAUAAUCCACUCAAAAGACAAAGAGUCAGUUUAGUCCGUCCACCGGGGGCCUAUAUAUAUAUAUAUGACACAGUAUAUAUAUUUAUAUAUUUAAUGCCCAAUAUAUUUAUAAUAAAAUUGUAUCUGGAAGUGUGCCAAAUUUCAUACUUGAAUCUUCAUCCAUUUAUAAAAAUACAAAAGCUUUAAUAAUGGAACAUAAAUAAAAAAAACAUAUAUUUUCUGGCAUAAAAUGUGUCUGUUUUCAUAAAGGGGUGAUCAAUAAAUACAGUACAGGCCAAAAGUUUGGACACACCUUCUCUUUUUCAAUGCGUUUUCUUUAUUUUUAUGACUAUUUACAUUGUAGAUUCUCACUGAAGCAUCAGAACUAUGAAUGAACACAAAAAAUGAGCUGAACCUCCACAGUCACCGGACCUGAACCCAAUCCAGAGUUAGGGUUUGGGGUGAGCUGGAGCACAGAGUGAAGAAGACAAAGGUGCUAAUAAACACCUCUGGGAACUCCUUCCUUUCUUCAAGACUGUUGGAAAAUUUUCAUUUCAGGUGACCACCUCUUAAAGAAGCUCAUUGAGAGAAUGAUGCCAAGAGUGUGUAAAGCAGUAAUCAGAGCAAAGGGGGAUAUUUUGAAGAAACUAGAAUAUAAAACAUGUUUUUUCAGUUAUUUUUAUUUUUUAUUAAGUACAUAAAACUCCACAUGUGUUCAUUCAUAGUUUUGAUGCUUCAGUGAGAAUCUACAAUGUAAAUAAUCAUAAAAAUAAAAUAAAGAAAACGCAUUGAAAAAGAAUGUGUCCAAACUUUUUUUACCCUAAAUACGAAAUAACAUUUUAGGUUGAUCAAUAUAUUUAUAUAUAUGCCAAUAUCAACAAAACUGUAUUUACUUGUGUUUUUUAUUUUUUAUAAUAAAUGUAUUUAUUUAUCUAUGUAUUUAUUUAUUUAAAUGAUUUAACGUAUGUAAAAUGUGUUUAUUUCUUAAAAUUAUAGCCUUUUCUUUUAAACUGAUUCUAAAUAAGUCUUAUUAUCUGUUAAAAUACUGAAGAUGCAAGUUUUAAAUUUGGCACACUGUCUCUUUGGUACUAGAUGAUCUUAUUUUGAAAAUAUGAAGCAAAUCUGAGAUGGUUAGUCACAAAAAGCUGAAAUCUGAGGAUUAACUGUUACAAACGUCCUGUUAUUGAAGCCCCAAUGCUACCAAACAACAACUUAACAACUCAAACAGAACAGAAACAGGUCUGUCUACUGUUUAAAGAAGAGAUUUAUAACAGAAAGAGAAUUUGUUUUUAAUUUAACCAAAGGAGAACAUGAUCUACUACAGACCUGAUCUACAUAUCCAACCUCCUCCACUGAUCUACAGCCCUGAACAUCCAACAUCCAAUACAAUCAAUCUAUCCUUCUGCCUCCUGUACAUAAUGUAGAUAUAAAACUGCAGUAAUAAUGUGAUUAAUGAAAUGUAUCAGCAUGUCUUCAUCACACACCGUCUCUCUCUCUCUCUCUCUCUCUCUCAGCACUGCGGAGCGACUCAGUCAUCGUGAUUCAGUUCUGUCAUCAUUAUUAAAUUAUUGCAUUAUUCAGACUGUAUUUAUGAACUUUAUGAACUGAACUGAAGCUCUGCUCAGACGUUGUUAAUAAGCCUGAUUAAUAAGGUGAUUAAUUGAUAUGUACAGAAUGUAUUUACAGUUUAAUUGUGUGUACCGUGUGUCGUGUGGACUCUGUAAAGGCACUGACGUUCUUUUGCACUUAUAAAUGUGUAAAUAUUCAGCUUGAUCUCUGUAGUGUGUUUAAUUUAUAUAACUUUAUUUAGGGGGACUGUUCCUCCAUCACGCGCUCAGACACGCUGAGAUUUUACCUGUUUCACCAAAGACUUCUUCUCCAGUUACUCAGACUCCUGCGUAUUGUUGGAAUUGUGAUUAAAUUUCAUGUUCAUUACAUUGUUUAUUUUCAGCAAAUAAACGUGAAAUUUCUGA